AUGACAAAACCAGCGCUAUCGUUCGAGCGCAAAGACUCGGCCAUUGAGUUGGAUGACCGUUUCGAGAAGACCUCCUUCCUUACCCUCCCAGCUGAGAUACGUACCCAAAUCUGGAAGCUGGUCUUCAACCCUGAACAAAGCUAUCAAGAUGCAUUUUCAUGUCCAAGAUGCACCGACGCGCCCCAAGCACUUCAAGAACACUAUUGGGCCUCCUCCUACCUCCAACCCCUUCUAACCUGCCGUCAAUUUUACCAAGACGCACAUCUCCUUGCCUUCUCGAGAACGACUUUUGUGAUUCGAAACCCAUAUACCGUUCUCGACAUUGCAGGCCGUAUAAAUUCCACCCUCCGCCCUACUCAAAUCUCUUCUCUUCGCAGUAUAGCCAUCAUAUCCGAAGCCCGCCAUUUCCGCCAAAUGCAUCACUGGAGAACUCACGCUUUUGGUAUUCCCGCGCUGAACCUCGAGGAUAUGACUAUUAUCCUACAUCGCUCUUCAUACUGGCAUUACCUCUUCGAUUUCAAUGUCAUGAUGACACAAAUGCUGCGAGAUUUCAACGGUGUUAAGAAAAUCUGCUUUAUACGCAAUUAUGCUAGAGUGAAGCCGCAUUUCCAUACUUGGUUUAAUAGGUUUGUGGGGGCGAUGAUGAGAUUGGAUAGGAAUGAGAGGUUUGCGAAGAGGGAGUGUAGGGUUGAGAAGACGUGGUGGAAUUGGGAGUUUGAUGGGAGUAAGCAGACGGCUACGUUGAUUAAGGCGAGGGCGAAAGAUGCAGAGUUGGAUGUCGAGGCGUAUGAUCAGCUUAUGGCGCCCAUGAUGGAGUGGUUGAAGGAGAGUAUGGAGGUGGAAGAGUAUGAUCCUGAUCCCGGGUCGAGACUUGGAGUUUGGUGA